AUGCGGAGGAGUUUUUUUGCGGGCCUUGUCGCGUGGGACGCCCCCAGCCUACAGCUCAUCAGCCUGCGCGGCUUCCGCACCAGCAGCCUGCGGCCGCAUGCGGCGGCAGCCCUGGGGGUGGUGGACAAGCUGCACGACGAGGCAGCCGUCAUCCUGCCCGCCGACGGGCGCGGGUCCAGACACUUUUGGGAGGUGCUGGAGUUCCGGCCCGACACGACUGUGCUGGAGACGUGGAAGACGCCCGACGUGCUGGGGCUGCACCCGCGCGACGUGUACCUGUUUGCCUCGGAUGUCGGCAUGGGGCAGCGCGCCAUGCUUGCGGCGAGGUCCAGCGCCAUCCUGUUCCGAACAGAUGUGUGCAAGGCGGUGGUGUAUGGCGACCGAGCCGUGCUCUUCCCCUCCAGGCGGCUGUCUGAUACAAUAAAGAUCUCGCAGAGCAUCAAGGCGGCCAUCUCGCAGAAGUCGCCACUGCCGUUUGAGUUGAAAGUUCUGGAGGCGCUGCUGGCAGAGACGGCACGAGCGUACUCGAACAAGGCCAAGCGGCUGGGCAUCGUGGCGGAGACGGUGCUGCAGGACAUCAACACCAACUUCUCCAGCAGUGCCGGCGAGCUGCAGCGCCUCAUCCCCAUCCAGCGGAAGCUGACCGAGGUGCAGAACGAUGUGCAGGAGGUGCUGGAUGCCAUCAGCGAGACGGUGAACGACGACGCCGAGAUCCGCAAGCUGUGCCUCAACGAGCGCCGGCUGCGCACGGCGGCGGCGGCCGCGGCGGCGCGCGGCGGCGAGGCCAGGGUGCCGCCAGAGCUGCAGACCUCAGGCGGGCGCACGCCGGAGAUGCGCAUGGGGUCGGCCAUCUUAGAGAGCUACGAGUUCAAGCUGCAGGGCACCUUUGGCUCCCUGAAGGAGGUUCUGGAGAGCAUGGAGCAGACGCGCACUGUGUGGCACAUGCAGCUUGACCACCAGCGCAACCGAGUUUUAAGGAUCAACCUCUUGAUCUCAAUCAUGAGCCUAGGCUGCGUCACCGCCACCAUGCCCGCCGCCUACUUUGGCAUGAACCUGAGCAGCGGCAUGGAGGAGGUGCCCGGCGUGUUCUGGCCAAUGGUGCAGAGCUCCGUGGUGUUUGGCAUGCUGGCCUCGCUCAGCAUGUGGAUGUACUACAAGGUGGGGCCCAAGCGGCGGUACCGGGCGCGCCUGCGGGACAUGCGCUCCCUCAGGGACCUGCUCAUCUUCCACCUCGACGACCUUGACGACAUCAUGGAGUGCGUCUGGUUUGGGGCCGCCGUCGUCCUUGCUGCGGUGAAGCUGCGCGCGCGCAGUGGCAGUCCGGUGAGCAAGAAGGAGUUCCGGGCCAUCGUGCAGCAGGCCGUGGGCGGCAAGCCGAUGAGCCAGGAGGAGGUGGAGCUGCUGUUCCGAGUGUUUGACACCAACAAGGAAGGGUUCUUGGAACUGUCAGAGAUGGUGAGGAUCGAGGAGCACAUGGAUGACAGCUUCUCGCAAGUACACUACUAG